AUGGCGCCCGGUGAUACGGAGAGAGAGGCCGAAUCAUUAGCUGCCAAGGUGCUGAAGCUGAAGCUCUGGGACGACGAGUCUGGGGGCCGUUGGAAGAAGAACGUUCAGGACAUUGACGGCGAAGUUCUAUGCGUGUCUCAAUUCACGCUUCUCGCGUCGACAAAGAAGGGCAACAAGCCAGAUUUCCACGGCGCAAUGGGUGGAGAUGAUGCUAAGAAGCUGUACGAGUACUUCUACAGCAAAGUACAAGCGGGGUAUGCGGCUGAGAAGGUCAAGAACGGCGUGUUUCAGGCCAUGAUGCAGGUUGCUUUGGUCAACGAUGGCCCGAGGUGA